UGUGACAGGAGGAAGAAAGCUUGUGACUGGCCGCGGGAUCCAACCCUCAGAAGCCGGCUGUUCUUUUGCUACACAUUCUAGAAAUACGAGGAUCCAUGGCUACCAAAGGGAUGAAUCUCUGUCAUGUAUGCUGCCUGCUUCUUUAUGUUAUCACGGCGGUGCUUGCGGGGCGAGACUUCUAUAAGAUCUUGGGGGUGAGCAAGAGUGCAUCAAUCAGGGACAUCAAGAAGGCCUACAGAAAGCUGGCUCUCCAGUUACACCCCGACAGAAACCCAGACGACCCAAAAGCUCAAGACAAAUUUGCAGACUUGGGGGCAGCUUAUGAGGUGCUCUCAGAUGAGGAGAAAAGGAAACAGUAUGAUGCCUAUGGAGAAGAUGGACUCAAGGAAGGACACCACGGCUCACAUAACGAUAUCUUCUCCAGCUUCUUUGGUGACUUUGGGUUCAUGUUUGGAGGCAACCGACAGCAACAGGACAGGAACAUCCCCAGAGGAAAUGACAUCAUACUAGAUCUGGAGGUCACGCUUGAAGAGGUGUACUCUGGGAACUUUGUUGAGGUUGUACGUAACAAGCCUGUGGCCAAAGAAGCUCCAGGCAAGAGGAAGUGUAACUGCAGACAGGAAAUGAGGACGACGCAGCUCGGACCUGGCCGCUUCCAAAUGACUCAGGAGAUGGUGUGCGAUGAGUGUCCCAAUGUAAAGCUGGUAAAUGAGGAGAGGACGUUGGAGGUAGAAAUUGAACAAGGAGUGAGAGAUGAGAUGGAGUACCCUUUCAUUGGAGAAGGGGAACCUCACAUCGAUGGUGAGCCUGGAGAUCUACGUUUCCGCAUCAAAGUGUUGAAACAUCCUAUGUUUGAGCGCAGAGGAGAUGAUCUGUACACCAACGUCACCAUCUCCCUGGUGGAGGCACUGGUCGGCUUUGAGAUGGACAUUGUGCAUUUGGAUGGACACAAGGUCCAUAUAGUGAGAGAUAAGAUCACCAAGCCUGGUGCUCGAAUGUGGAAGAAAGGAGAGGGCCUGCCAAACUUUGACAACAUCAACAUCCGAGGUUCCCUCAUCAUCACCUUCGAUGUGGAGUUUCCUCAGACACAGCUCGAUGAUCAGCAGAAAGAUGGUAUUCGGGGUCUCCUGAAGCAGGGCUCUGUACAGAAAAUUUACAAUGGACUACAAGGAUACUAAGACAUUAACAGACACAGCCUGGACUGAGUUACCUGCCACACACACAAACACACAUACAUCUUCAAUCAACAGGAGGGUGCUCUGUAAUUCUGGCCAGGGUGUAUUUAUUAUUUUCAGAUUGUUCUCAGGAUGGCUUGAAUCCAAUUAGUUUUUACUUUUUAUCGUCCUACAUUUUGACAGCAGUGUCACCGUUGCGGGUGUUUUAUCUGAAGUGUAUAAAUGCAAAGGAUGCCGAGUCCCUCUGUUGUCCAUUUUUGUCCUUACAUUACAUUGUAAUACAGCUUUUUGUUUAUUUCCAAAAUCGAAAUUGACUUAUUUCUUCCUGAGUGAGGUGUUAAGAUCUAACAAACACUGUCUGCUAAGGUGCCGACAUGUAUACCUUUCUGAAGAAGACUGUUUGACACUCACUCACUAACAGCAUCUGCUGAAGGAUGAGCAGCUGACAAACUGGACUGAAGAAGGAAUUUCUCCACCAACCUCUGCUAUUUUUCUUAGGUUUCUCAAUGUAACAGCUCCACCUGUUGUCUGAUGAAUGUUUUUUUUUUCUAUUGCGCUGGUCAGAUUCCUGUUCAGUAAUACUUUGUAGAUAGGGAAGAACAAAGCUCAUUGGGUUGUUGCGUUUUAGUUGUCUCUGACUUGUCUGUUUGCGUUUGACACAUUGCAACAGGAGAACUGUCCACAUUGCACAGUCCCCAAGUUUCACUGUGACAAGAGUUGACCUCUAAACAGUGAAGUUUUAUUCUUGUGGAGGGAUGGGGGCCGUCUGCGCAUCCUCCAGCGCCACUGUCGAAAAGUUUUGUCUCACACCUCUGACACUCUUCCUGUCCGGCCUCUUCCAAGUCAAAGGGACGUAUCAGCCCUCCUCUUCGGGGUUGAUUUUCCUGACUGGGGACAGUUUGAUGGCUGGUUUGGUUUAUAAAGAUUUCCAUUCUCUGUUUUUACUGUCGACUGCAAUGUUGCCUCCAAAUUUCAAGAGAGUGUCAUGGCCUUAAAUAUGAAUUAUUUGGCCAUUUUUACUGAGUGAGCUAGGGGAUAAUGUACUUUUGACUGACUAUGAAUAAAGAUUUCUACAAACUCG